AUGCCACCAACAAAAUCCUCAACAGAAAAUAUUUCUCAAGAAAAUAACAAAGAAGAAGAACAAAAUGAAUUAAAAGAAAAUAAUAAUACUAACAACAAAUCAUCCUCAUUAGAUGCUUUAUAUGCAGCAGCUAGAGAAGAAUUUGAUUUAGAUUUAAGUCCAACAGAAUCGGCAAUUAAAACAUUAAAAGAAGGGAGGGAAAUACAAAAAUUAAAUGUUGUUAGAAAUUUGGGGGAAUUAUUUGAAAAUGAACCGAAAGAAACGAUUGAAAAAAUUAUACCUUUAAUUCAGGAAAUAUUAAAUAUUGAACCAAGUAAUUUGGAUAUGCAUUGUGAAGCAGCAAUUGUUUAUAAAAAUUGUAUAAAAGAUAGAAAACUUAGAAUUAAAUGCCCUGAAUUACCUGAAAUAUUAUUAAAUGCUACACUUGAAAAUAUUGAAAUUCAAAAAGAGAAUGUUACGGCCGCUGCCUGGCUUGAAUCGUUAGUAGAUAUAUCUGAAGCUGUAUCCCAACGUUCUGUUAUUUCUGUUAUUGUUCCUUUGGCUAUAGCUCAAUCAGAUUCUUCCAGGAGAGUUCAGAGACGAAUUAUCUCAACAAGACUUAUUGAGAAACUGGCGGCUUUAGUCCCUAAAGAAAUUUUACAAAGAGAACUUUGUCCAUGUGUCCAAAUGCUUUGUCGAGACCCAAGUACUUCAGUACGCACAUCUAUUGCACAGCGGCUUGUUUUUAUUGCUCAAGCAUUAAACAAUUCUGCAGACAGCAGUUCAUUAUUAUUACCUUGUAUAAUAGAACUUUGUAAAGAUGAGGACCCAGCUGUUCGUGAAGCAACUUUAGGCACAUUAGAUGAUUGUUUACCCCAUUUUAGUAAAGGUAAAAGAAACUUUAAAUUAUUAAAAACAAAUUUUUUAGAAUCAAAGAAGUCAAUAUUAUCUCCUCUUUUACAUAAAUGUGCAGAACAAGCAUUAAUUAUGCGAGAUUCAAGUUUGCCUUUAAUUGCUAAACAUUUGGGUGUUUGGUUACAAUCUAUGAAGGAAAUAAUUUCUGGACCAUCAGAAAUGCGUUGGUGGUUGGAUGUUUAUACGAGAAUUUUGGAUUUUGGAAAUAAUUUUAAUAAUAAUCAACAACAAAAUUCAAAAAACAAAUCCUUAACAACAAAUAAUACAAAUACAUUUUCUACAAAUGGUUGUAUUCACAAUAAUGCAGGUUCUGCUGCAAGUUAUGAACAUUUACGUACUUGUUGUCGAAGAAUGUGUGCCUAUAAUUUUCCCUGUAUUGUCUCAGUAUUUGGGCAAGACCAACAAUUAUUUUGUCAGAAAUUAUUACCGAUUUUGGAAAGGUUUUGUAGAGAUCCUGAUGAAGAAGUGAGGAGUACUGUAGCUUCUGGAUUUCAUGAAGUUUUGGCUCAAAGAAAUUGUUUUUUUGAAGGAGGUAAUUUGGCAGGAAAUAUGAUUUUAAAGAGAGAUAUGUAG